AAAGACGGAGAUUAGAAGUAAUCUUAAUUGUGGUGAUGGAGGGAGCCCAAAGCAGAACCAGCGCAAAAGCUUUUAGAUGAAAUGAGAGAGAGAAAGUGAUGAUAAAGUGAAAAAGGAGAUGAGAGAAGGAAGUUUGUGUGUGUAAGAGUAUGAAAAGGCGGAAGCCGUGCGAUUCCUUUGCAGAGAUUGCGUGUGAAAAGUGGAAAAUUGGUUUUGGGGGAGGCCUUAUUGUGAAAGGGAGGCAGCACCGCGGGUUGUCACGGCAGCUAAGGCUCUUAAUACGACGGAGCGUGGGACGACGCUCAACAAGAGCGCGUGGGGAUGAGAUUUUGUAUUUGAUUUUUUCCUUAUUACUAAAUAAAUAAUGGAAAAAGGGUCAGUGAAAUAAACAAAGGAGAGAUAAAAAAGGGAGUCAAUCCAUAGUCCGAGACAUGGAGAGAGAAAAAACAAGCUACUCAUGAAUCUCUCUCUCUCUCUCUCUCUCACAAAAAAAAGUUUUUCAUUUUUUCUCUCUUAAAUGAAAAGGCACUUCUCCAUUAUCUGUAAUGUAUUGAGACAAGAGGGAAAAAGUUGACACAAAAAGGAGAGCAGAUUGCUCUGCCCAGAAAGCAUUUUCCAGAAAUCCUUGCAACUGAACGUACUUCCACCUUUCCAUUUUGCAGAAAUUCUCUCUCUUUUUUUCUCUCUCUCUGAGAGUAAAAAGAUACAUAUUCCAUCCCCUGCACCAAAACUGGUUUACUUUACUUGGUUUAGGCAGCAUGUGACAUUUGAUUAAAGUUGGGACUGGUUUGGUGUUUCAGUUCCUUUAUUCAUUCUUGCGUUUUUUUUUAACCAUUUCUUGUUGGGGGUUUUUGUCUCAGAUAUUUUGGUUUUUGAAUUGGAUAGGGACGGUGUUCUCUCUUUAGUUAGGCGGCAGAGAGAGAGAGAGAGAAGAAGAAGAAGGAAGAAGAAGAAGAAGAAGAGAGACAGAAAUGGGGAGGAUUUGUGUGAAGGAGAGGAUCUGAUCUUUCCUUUUCGCGUUGAAUUCGACUCCAGCUUUUGUGUGAUACACAACAAUGUAAGAGAAAAAAAAAAAGAAAAGAAAAGAAAAGAAGAUACCAGAGGAAACCAAGCUUAUUAGUUACUCCUUUUGAUUUUCUUUUUCGUUUUGAAAAGCUCCUUUUUUCUGCGUUGGUUUUAAUGGGUCGGCCUUUUUCUCGUUGAGAAUUAAUUGAUUUUCCCGGAAAAUUCAAAUUUGCAUCUCUUGAGGCGUUCACACUCGAUCGUUUUCUCAGCUGACUUGUGGGUAUUUUGGUGGCACGAGCAAAUACAUACAUUUCUAGCCUUUUUCCUGCGCACCCAAUUCAGAGGAACCCAAGAAGAGAUUAGGUGCCAGUUAGGAUUUUCUCAGAAUCGAAGGAAUUCGAGAAACUGGGUAGGGGAGGAAUUAGGAAACCAAUUUCCACUUCUGGAUUUUCCGAAUCUGAGUGGAGAAUUUCAAGCUCAAAACAAAGAGCAUGAGAGCUGGGUUAAGCACAAUUCAGCAAACCCUAACGCCAGAGGCGGCGAGCGUGUUGAACCACUCGAUCGCUGAGGCGGGUCGCCGGAAUCACGGCCAAACGACUCCGCUUCACGUGGCGGCGACUCUUCUCGCAUCGCCCUCAGGUUUUCUCCGUCAAGCAUGCAUUCGUUCUCAUCCCAAUUCAUCCCAUCCCCUGCAGUGCCGAGCCCUCGAGCUCUGCUUCAGCGUUGCCCUCGAGCGGCUCCCUACGGCGCAGAACGUGUCGCCAGCGAUGGAACCGCCGAUCUCCAAUGCUCUAAUGGCCGCUCUCAAGCGCGCCCAAGCUCACCAGCGCCGAGGCUGCCCAGAGCAGCAGCAGCAACCCCUUCUCGCCGUCAAGGUUGAGCUCGAACAGCUCAUAAUUUCAAUCCUCGACGAUCCCAGCGUGAGCAGGGUCAUGCGAGAGGCCAGUUUCUCCAGCCCCGCCGUUAAAGCCACCAUUGAACAAUCCUUGAAUUCUUCGCCUAGUGUUAAUACUUCCCCAAUCGGAUUGGGGUUCAGGCCGGCGCUGGCGCCCUCUCCGGGACGGAAUUUGUACUUGAAUCCUCGGUUGCAGCAGGGGAAUUUCUCACAAUCGGGGCAGCAGAAAAGUGAUGAAGUGAAACGGGUUAUUGAUAUUCUGCUGAGAACAAAGAAGAGGAAUCCCGUACUGGUCGGAGAGUCGGAGCCAGAGGUGGUGGUGAAGGAGCUAGUGAGGAGAAUAGAGAAGAGGGAAUUGGGAGAAGGGCCCUUGAAGAACGUUCAGAUUAUUCCUUUGGAGAAGGAGCUGGCUUGUGAUAGAACACAAAUCCCGGCUAAGCUUAAGGAAUUGGGGGAUUUAAUUGAGACCAAAAUGGGAAGCUUGAACGGGGGAGGCCUUGUUCUUGAUUUGGGUGAUUUGAAAUGGCUGGUUGAACAGCCUGCUGGUUUGGGCGUGCUGGGCAGUACUGGUGGGAUGCCUCAACAGGUGGUUCCAGAGAUGGGUCGAGCUGCCGUGGUCGAAAUGGGGAAGCUGUUGACAAGGUUUGGAGACUGUAGCGCUGGUCGACUUUGGCUGAUCGGAACUGCCACUUGUGAGACCUACUUAAGGUGCCAGGUCUAUCACCCUUCAAUGGAGAAUGACUGGGAUCUGCAGGCAGUGCCAAUUGCGGCCAGAGUGCCUCUGCCGGGGUUUGCAAGGCUGGGAACAAAUGGAUUUCUUGGCAGCUCAGUUGAGUCCAUGACUCCAUUGAAGAACUUCCCAACUGCUCUUUCUAGGCGGGUCUCUGAGAAUGUGGAUCCUGCUCGAAGAGUGAACUGUUGUCCUCAGUGCAUGGAAAAUUAUGAGCAGGAACUUGCGAAACUGAAGGAAUUCGAGAAGUCCUGUUCUGAAGUAAAAUCAGAAGCAGCUAGGACCCCACUGCCACUGUGGCUGCAGAAUGCCAAAGUCCAUAAUGCUGAUGCUAAGACCUCAGAUCAGUCGCAGUGUUUACAGACAAAGGAUCAAGAGUUGAUAUGGAAGCAGAAAACUCAAGAAUUACAGAAGAAAUGGAAUGAUACAUGUGCACAUGACCACCCUCAUUUCCAUCAUAAUCUCAGCACUGAGAGUAUCACCCCAACAUCUCUCCCAAUGCUGGGCUUGCACAAUGCAAACAUUGUAGCACGCCAGUCUAUCCAACCCAAAUUACAUGUGGUCAGAAACCUUGAGGGAAGUCUGCAACUAAACACGAAUUCAAUGAGGGGGAGGCAAUCUAUUGAACAUGAGGGUUCCCAACCAGAAAGCCCUGUGAGGACAGACCUGGUUCUUGGUCAAACAAAGACCACUGAAACUACACCUGAAGAAGCCCAUAAAGUGCGUGUAAAGGACUUCUUGGGCAGCAUUUCUUGUGAACCACAAAACAGGUUCCACGAGUUGCAGAGCAUUGACAAGCUCAUCAGCAUGCUAGAUGCUGAUUCAUUUAAGAAGCUGCUCAAGGGAUUAAGGGACAAGGUGUGGUGGCAGAGAGAUGCAGCAUCUGCAGUGGCAACUACAGUCACUCAAUGCAAAUUGGGCAAUGGAAAACGGCGGGCUGCUGGUUCUAAGGGUGACAUAUGGCUUUUGUUCACAGGUCCUGAUAGGGUUGGCAAGAAGAAGAUGGCAUCAGUUCUUUCUGACCUGCUAUGUGGAACCAGUCCAAUUACGGUCUCCCUUGGUUCCCGACGAGAUGAUGAGGAAUCUGAUGUGAGUUUCCGUGGUAAAACAGCAUUGGAUCGCAUUGCAGAGGCUGUUCGGAGGAACCCAUGUUCAGUCAUCAUGAUUGAUGGCAUUGAUGAAGCAGAUGCCCUUCUUCAUGGGAGCAUAAAACGAGCCAUUGAGAGAGGUCGCCUUGCUGAUUCCCAUGGUCGUGAGAUUAGUCUCGGGAAUGUCAUCUUCAUCCUCACUGCAGAGUGGUUGCCUGAUAGUCUUAGUAACUUGAAAAAUAAUGAACACUUGCUCAACGAAGAGAAGCUUGCUGCAAUUGCUAGCGGGGGAUGGCAGCUUCGACUGUCCAUUUCUGAAAAAGCUGUUAAGCGCCAAGCAAAUUGGGUAAAUGAUGAAGACCGGCGCAUGAAACCAAGGAAGGAGAUGGCUUCUGCAUUGUCAUUUGACCUAAAUCAAGCAGCUGAUGGGGAAGAUGAUAAGGCGGAUGGUUCCCGAAACUCGAGUGAUCUCACCAUUGAUCACGAAGAUGAGCGCAGCUUGGAGACUAGGCGCUCGCUUGGAACUUCAUCAGCUUCACGUGAGCUGCUCAAUUCUGUUGAUGAUGCCAUUGUCUUCAAGCCGGUAGACUUUGGCCUGAUUCAGGGUGAUAUCUUCAGCUCCAUUUCCUCAAAAUUUUCCACAAUUAUGGGUGAUAGCCUCGCAAUCGAAGUACAAGACGUUGUCCUAGAGAAGAUUUUGGGUGGAGCGUGGCUUGGUCGAACUGGGCUGGACGAGUGGGCAGAGAAGGUGCUAGUUCCAAGCUUCCAGCAGCUAAAGGCACACCUUCCUUCCUCGAAUGCAACAGACGAUGCCAUGGUUGUUCGGCUUGAACCGGACCAUGAAUCUGAUAGCCGGAGCUGUGGAGACUGGCUGCCCAACAAAAUCAAGGUGGUGGUUGAUGGGUUGUGACUGAUGGGGGUUGUUGUUGGCAUUUCCGUAGUUGCGUUGGGCAGGGUUGUAAAUAUGCUCAACCGUUGGCGGGUAACAAAUGGUCGUCGCGGGGUGGGUGUGGAGGGGAGGGGGUUAAGAAAACCGUUAGAAGAGGAAGUCGCAGGUAUGAUAGAUUAAUAGUGGCGAGUCAAUGUGGAUCUCUCACUAUUUUAUUGUUUUAUUUCUUGAUGUCCUUUUUUUCUUAUAUAAAAAAAAAAUCAUAGUAUGUUAAUCAUAAGCAUAUUUAUUAAUUUCAUGGACAAUGAUUAAUAAGAUGAGGGAUUCCUCUAUUUCUCUAAAAA